AAUCAGGCAAAUUUUGUGGUUAUUGGUAAGAUCUAUGAACAUCUGCUGGGAACUAGGCUGAGACUGUUCUUCCUGCUUCACUUGUGAACAAUUUUUUAUCUGAAACAGAGUCUUUUCCACAGGCUAGUGCACAAAGCAGCGCAGCUAGCAGGGCUUCUGUUGAGUUCCCAAACCCUCCACAAACAUUUUCAGAAAUUCCAGCUUUUAUCUUUUGGGUCAUAAAUCAACCUUUUGCCAGGUAUUUCCACAAUUCUAACUUCCCAAAUUGUUAACAUAGUAAAUGAGUGCUAAAAUAUUUAAUAAAAGGACAUUUUAAAUAGUGUGAACUGGAAUAGAAGCAAUAGAAAUAAUAACUUGCCUGGCAGUAUGGCAUGAAGAGUCAGAACAGGAGAAUAAUAAAACAGAAAUGGAGUACAUGUUAUAAAAGUGACUCUCUUGAGAGGAAGAAGGGAUGCUUAAAUGAAGGGAAGAAGCUGUAGGAUAAGUAAACCUGUACACUGGAUAUCUUUCAGGCAAUCUUUCCAAAAUUUCAGGAAGGAAGUUCUAGUUCUGAUAUAGAAAAUUGUGAUAGAUGUUUAAACAUAGUGCAGGCGCUUGUUGGUUGCCAGGUGAGAUUCAUCUCAGCCUGGUAGCACCCAAAAACUAAUUCUCCAUGUAUAAAGUACAGAGUCUUUAGGGAAAAAAUGUUCCUGUCAGUGACUUAUGGUUUUUCCUACAAAAUUAAAAGUGCAUCUGUAGAGAGGGAGGGGGAAUGUCUCUGAAAUGAAUUGAUGGUGUCAGUCCCCUGUGUAAUGCACUGAUAUGACCAUGACAAAAACACCCUCGCGGUUGGCAUUGUUGUACGUCCAUCUUGGCAAGUUACCAUUGUGCACACUCCAAUAUCAUCCUAAAAGAAGGCCUCUCCAGCAAACCAUUAAAACAGAGAGGGGAAGCAUCUCUGAAGAGGUUUCACUGUUGGAAUGCCUCAGAUUAAUACAGCUACAGUUCUGCAGAUUUGUGUGCUGCUAUCUGCACUUCCUGCACAGUAUCUCAUAUCCCGGUGGUAUGCAACAGACUCUGCUCAGCGCCUCCAAGUGACACAAAGGAUAAUUGGCUAUUGGAACAGUUUUAUAAAGUCCUACUUGAGUCUGGAUGCAUGGACAGAUCAUCUAAAGCUGUGGAUACCAAAGACAAGGAAUUGGUACUAUGGAGAAAAGAGAACUCUAGGUGUUCAAGAGGAAGAAGAAAUCCAUGCUUAUUUUGCAGAAUCAACUCACAUUCACAGUCCAAAGCCAGAAUCUGUUCAGUUUAAUGUGGGACAGGUGAUAGUACACAGAAGAUUUGGCUAUUCAGGAGUCAUUGUUGGCUGGGACAUAAAAGCUAGAGCUCCAGAAGAAUGGCUGCAGCACAAAUAUCCUCCAGAGAAAGAGGGUCUAAGAGAUACUGCUCACUACCGAAUUCUUAUUAACCGAGCCAACAGCUUUGGCAAGACUACAGCUUACAUUCCUGAGGAGGAGAUAACAAUUAUUACAGGAUUAGAGAUACACAAUCCUGAUCUGACAGCUUACUUCAGUAGAUAUGAUGGAUCUAAAUACAUUAUGCAACCAUGGUUGAGAAAAAUCUACCCUCAUGACUGAAGUAUUUAACAUUAUAUGUAAAUUGUGCAUGUGAUGUACAACUGCACAGUGUAUUCCUUUUUUAAACUGGGACAAAUGGAAACUAGGGUAAAACUGAUUUGUAAAUUAUUUCAUUAACGAAAUAAAAUUGAACUCUAUAUGAAA